AUGAGUCAAUCUAGUUUGGUUACAAAUUCAGAUAGAGAAAUAGAAAAUUCUUUAAAGGAUUUAUUGGAAAGAAUUUUAAUUUAAUUAGAAAAAUAUAUUGAAACCAAAAAUGAUCUAAAUGAAAUUGAAAAAGAAUUAAAAGAUUAUGAGAAUCUAACAUAAUUAGUCAAUAUAAUUAAAGUUGUUUUCACUAAUCUAAUCAUAAAAAUUGAUAAAAAAGUUUAGUAAGCAUUUUUAUCAUAAAAGAAAGUUAGAGUAAAUUGCAGAUCUAAAUGUUUCAUCAAAAAGUAUUAGAAUAGAAGAUGAAUAUGAAAGAUUAGAGUAAACAGUCAUUAAAUGUGAAAGUGAAAUUAGAAAUCAUAUUAGAGUAGAUAUAUCAUUUUAUCUUCAAAAUAGCUUGAAUAAUAAUUGAAAUUAUAUGCAGAAUCAAUUCAAACUAAAUUAGAUGAAAGUGAAGCUACACGAAAUGAGCUACUAGAAACAACCAAGAAAGUUAUGAAUGUAAAAAAUCCAUUAGUAUUUUCAUUUAGAAUUUAAAAAAGGAAAAUUAAAAAUUUUAUGAAGAAAAUACAAAAUUGAUAACUGAUAUCACUUCUUAUAAAUAAAAAAUCUUAUAAUAUGAAAAUGAAUAAUACCAAAAGAAUAUUAAAUAUGAUUAAGUAGAUUAUGAAAUUUAAUAAGCUAAUAAGAAUAGCCAAUAAAUUAAAGAGCUUGUAUAAAGAAAACCUAAUAGUAAAGAAACAAAUAAAACUAGUUCUUAUUCAGAACACAAAUUAAGUAGUUAACUUUAAGAAAGUACUGAUUAUCCAACAUAAUCUUAAGGUUCUUUGAAAUAAAAUUACUUUAACAUUCUUCAAUAAUAGUAAUAAUAAUUGUAAUAAUAAAUUUACUAACAAUAAGAAAAUUAAAAAUCAGUUCAUGGUAAACAUAAUUCAAUAUCUUCAAUAAAUGAUAUCAUUCAGCAAUAAAUAAUUAUUAAAGAUAAAAAAGCAAGCUUAGUAAAUUAUAUUGCUUCUAAAAAGAAUUAUAAAAAUUCUCAAAUUUAACAAAAAACAAUUUAAGGUAUUCAGUUAUCUUUUAUAUUAGAAACUAUAUAAACUUAGCCAAGAAGUAGAAGUGGAAGUGCUCGUCGUAAUUUAAAUUAGAAAUAGAAAACUUUAACCUACUAAUGA